UGCCCGGGCGCAAGAUGGCCGCGCCCAGCAGGCGCAGGGGGAGCGGAGCCCAGCACGGGGUCCGGGCCGUGUGAGCGCCGGGCAGCUGGGGGCGGCAGCGCCCAGAGGCACCGUGCGGGGCAGCCCCCCGGCUGGGGAGCCCCCUUCAUCCAGCCCCCCAACUCUGCCUGGGGAGUUCCUUCUACACCAGCCCCCACCCGGGGCAGCUGUGCCCCCAACAACUGCCCCCCCCGUUCCCUCUUCCCCCUCGCCUUGUGGGCAGGUACCCCCUCUCUCCGCGUCAGGGCACCCUGCCCCCCAGCUCCCGUGGGCAGCCAGCCCCCUCCCGGGCUCCGAGCCGUGCUGCGGGCUGUGGAGAGGGGACACGAUCUCAGCCCAGCUCCGUGCAGGCGUCAGACCCUGCCGGGUGUCAUGUGCGUAGGGUCCCCGGGGCAGGGGGCAGCUGGGUGUGCUCUGACGGGGGAACCCGCGGGCACCUGCUGAUCCCGAACUCUCCAGGUCUUUCCUCCUCGGACUGGAUUUGAGGGUGGGUUAGAGGGCGGCUACACCCCUGCAUCCCCGGGCCAGGCAGCACGGCCUGCGGGGUGAUGGGGAACGUGCUGGCACCAGUGCUCGACUUGCACAGACCUCUGCGCCGGGAGGAGCCGCUUACCAACCCAGGCAGCUUCGAUGAGCUGCACCGGCAAUGCAAAGAAGUCUUCCCCCAGCAGAUGGAAGGGGUGAAGCUGAUAAUCAACAAAGCCCUGAGCAGCCAUUUUCAGGUCACCCACACCAUUCACAUGAGCACAGUCGGCCAGUCCAGCUACCACUUCAACACCACCUACGUAGGAGACCGGCAGCUUAGCCCCACCGAGACCUUCCCCAUGCUUGUCGGGGACAUCGACAGCUGCGGGAGCCUCAACGCUCAGGUGCUGCACCUGGUGGCGGAGCGGAUCCGCACCAAGGCCGUCUUCCAGACACAACAGGCCCGGUUUGUGACGUGGCAGUUCGACGGGGAGCUCCGUGGCGAUGACUACACGGCCACACUGACGCUGGGCAACCCCGAUGUGCUCAGCCAAUCAGUCAUUGUGGUGGCGCACUUCCUGCAGAGUGUGACCUCGCGGCUGGUGCUGGGCGGGGAGAUGGUGUAUCACCGGCGUCCGGGCGAGGAGGGCGCCAUCGUCACCCUGGCAGGGAAGUACACGGCUCUCAAGUGGGUGGCGACGCUGAACAUUGGUUAUGGUGGGGCCCAUGCCAGCUACUACCACAGAGCCAAUGAGCAGGUGCAGGUCGGGGUGGAGUUGGAGGCCAACACCCGACUGCAGGACACAACCUUUGCCUUCGGCUACCAACUCAACCUGCCCCAGGCCAACAUGGUCUUCCGAGGUCUCCUGGACAGUAACUGGUGCGUGGGGGGUGUCCUGGAGAAGAAGCUGCCGCCUCUGCCCGUCACCCUGGCCCUGGGCGCCUUCCUCAACCACUGGAAGAAUCGUUUCCACUGCGGCUUCAGCGUCAUCGUGGGCUGAGGGGGCAGUGCCCUCGCGGGGCUCCCUGCUCUCGCCCCAGCCAGUGGGGGCAGGGCAGAGCCUGGCGCCAAGUGGAUUCUGACUGGUUUGCUCAGGCGGGAGCAGGAUCCCGACCGUGUGCAUGGGGUGGGGCCGCUCACCGCAGCCUGGGGGUGCGGGGGCCUGCCCGCCGCCUUCCUGACUCAGGGAGCCUUUGUGCCAUGGAGCCAGUGCCCAGCUGGGGCCGGCCUGCAGCUCAGCCUGCCCUGAGUGGCUGCUCUUGUGUCCAGAGGGCAUCUGAUACCUGGUGGCCUGGGGGGCACCUCUUCCCCUCCCCCCACCAAGCCCUUCUCUGCAGGCGGCUAAGCUGGGGAGGGGAUGUCACAUGGGCAUCUCCCUCCCCUCCCCUGGGCAGCUGGCCGAGUCCCCCUUGGAGCUGCACAGUGGAGGUGAUGCAUCUCCUCCUGCUCUGUGCCCUGGGCAGGGGGGGCCCUGUGCUGUGGGGGAGUUUGGGGGGCUGCCCCUCUGAUGUUCUUACGCUGUGUACGAUGGCUUGGAACCUGAUUAAAGUGUUUGAGUUGA